CACAGCGCUUCCGCCCUAGUGCGCAUGCUCCACGGGGCCACGGUUCUCCGACCGGCUGUGGUAGUGUCAGCUCCUGUGAAGGAAGUUUCCGCUUUGCACCCCACCCGGGUCACAGUUCGGCUGUAGGACCGGCUCCCUCCCGCUCCACAUCAGCGCAUCGGGACCAUGGGGUUGCCCAAGGGGCCGGAGGGCCAGGGGCUCCCCGAGGUGGAAACGAGAGAAGAUGAAGAGCAAAAUGUCAAGUUGACUGAAAUUCUGGAGCUCUUGGUUGCAGCUGGGUAUUUCAGAGCAAGAAUCAAAGGCUUGUCUCCUUUUGACAAGGUAGUAGGAGGGAUGACAUGGUGUAUCACCACUUGCAACUUUGAUGUGGAUGUUGAUUUACUCUUUCAGGAAAACUCUACAAUUGGUCAAAAAAUAGCUCUAUCGGAAAAGAUUGUCUCGGUUCUCCCAAGGAUGAAGUGUCCCCACCAGCUGGAGCCCCACCAGAUCCAGGGCAUGGACUUCAUUCACAUAUUCCCUGUCGUGCAGUGGCUGGUGAAGCGAGCUAUAGAAACAAAGGAAGAGAUGGGUGACUACAUCCGCUCCUAUUCUAUAUCCCAGUUCCAGAAGACCUACAGCCUCCCGGAGGACGAUGACUUCAUAAAGAGAAAAGACAAGGCCAUCAAGACCAUCGUUGACCUCUCAGACACUUACAAGCCCCGUCGCAAGUACAGACGGCAGCAAGGAGCGGAAGAGCUGCUGGACGAGGAGUCCCGAGUCCACUCCACGCUUCUGGAAUAUGGCAGGAGAUAUGGAUUUAGUCGCCACAACAAAACGGAGAAGGCUGAGGACAAGAAAACAGCGCUCGCUGCGGGGCUGUCAGCCACAGAGAAAACGGAAGCUCAUGAAGAAGAUGAACUUCAGGCUGCUGAAGAGCAACGUAUUCAGUCCCUGAUGACCAAGAUGACUGCCAUGGCGAAUGCGGAGAGCCGCCUCACCGCAAGCUCCGUGGGCCAGAUCGUGGGUCUCUGUUCUGCCGAGAUCAAGCAGAUUGUGUCUGAGUACGCAGGGAAGCAAUCUGAACUGUCUGCUGAAGAAAGUCCGGAAAAACUGGGGACCUCCCAACUGCAUCAGCGGAAAGUAAUUUCCUUGAAUAAGCAGAUUGUGCAGAAGAGCAAGCAUCUCGACGAGCUGCAAAGGAAUCAUACCAGUCUCCAAGCCAAGUACAGUGACAUGAAGAAGACACUGACAGAGCUGAAGAAUCAUGGCGAGAAACUAGACAAAGAACAGGCAGCCCUGGAGCAAUUAGAAGCCAAAGCUGACCCGAGCAUUCUACAGAGCCUGAGAGCACUGGUAGCCAUGAAUGAAAACCUGAAAAGCCAGGAGCAGGAGUUUAAAGCACACUGCCGGGAGGAGAUGGCUCGGCUACAGCAGGAAAUUGAGACCCUGAAAGCUGAGAGGACACCGGGCGAGAAGACUGUCUCCGAUGGAGAGCCACAGGGUGCCCUGACCCCCACCAUGACUCACAACGAGGACCUGGACAGACGGUACAACGUGGAGAAAGAGAAGCUGUACAAGAUCCGCUUGCUACAGGCACGAAGAAACCGAGAAAUAGCGAUUUUGCACCGCAAGAUUGACGAAGUGCCCAGUCGAGCUGAGCUGAUACAGUAUCAGAAGCGCUUUAUUGAACUCUACCGUCAGAUCUCUGCGGUGCACAAGGAAACCAAGCAAUUCUUCACUUUGUACAAUACCCUGGACGACAGAAAAGUUUACCUGGAGAAGGAAAUCAGCCUGCUUAACUCAAUUCACGAGAACUUUUCACAAGCCAUGGCCUCCCCUGCUUCCCGGGACCAGUUUUUAAGGCAGAUGGAACAAAUCGUCGAAGGCAUUAAACAAAACAGGAUGAAGAUGGAAAAGAAGAAGCAGGAGAACAAGAUGAGAAGGGACCAGCUGAACGAUCAGUACCUGGGGCUUCUGGAGAAGCGACGGCUCUACUUCAAGACUGUGAAAGAGUUCAAAGAGGAGGGCCGAAAGAAUGAGCUAUUGCUGUCCAAGAUCAAAGCCAAGGCCUCCUGAACAUCCAUCUCCAUCUCUGUAUGUUGCUGAUAUUUUUUUAAUGGCAUGUGUAGACUGCAGGAUCCUGAAACGGUUCUGAAAGUGAUGGCAGAGAGAUGCAGGAAGAUUCAUUUCAACUCUCUGAAUGGAUGUUUGCUCUCUCCCAUUUGUUUCAUUUCAUCUCUCCUGGCUGCAGCCGGGGGGGACUCAGAUAGAGUGACGCCGUGGCUUGGCUGACACCUAGAGCCCCUAUGAAGAAACGUGGGCGGUGCUCAUUCACUCUGUCCAUUCAGCUUUUUUUCUCCAGAAACACUGCAUUUAUGAAGGUACCUGGAUUUGUACGGGCCCUGAGAAUAAAGAGCAUUAUGGUCAGCAAGUA